AUGCAGUCAGACGAUGUGAUCUGGACGAUCAUCGGUCACGAGUUUUGCUCGUACAAGAUCAAGUCGAAAACGCACUCGACGUUCUGUCGAAACGAAUACAACCUCACUGGCUUGUGCAAUCGACAGUCGUGUCCACUUGCCAACUCGCGCUACGCCACAGUGCGCGAACGCGAGGGAAUCGUCUACCUCUAUGUGAAAACGGCCGAACGUGCACAUUCUCCCAAACGCCAAUGGGAACGCAUCAAGCUCUCCAACAACUACUCUAGAGCGUUGGAACAGAUCGAUAACGAGCUCAUCUACUGGCCCAAGUUCAUCACGCACAAGGCCAAGCAGCGACUCACCAAGAUCACCCAGUAUCUAAUCAAGCUGCGAAGGAUCAAGUUGAAGGAGCAAGAGCAACCGCAGUUGGUUUCCAUCAAGAAAAAGACAGAGAGAAGAGAGAGAGGAAGAGAGUCGAAAGCGCUAAAGGCGGCCAGAUUGGAAAAGUCGAUCGAAAAAGAGUUGUUGGAGAGAUUAAAGUCGGGCGCGUACGGCGAUGCGCCUCUCAACGUCAACGAAGAUGUGUGGAUGCAGGUGCUCGAGAAUCGAAACCAAGAGAAACAGCUCGAGUUGGAAGACGAGGAGUCCGAGGAAGAGAUGGAGGACGAUCUGGAUGAAAUGGACCGUAUCAUGGAGCACGAGUUCGACGACGAAGACGGCGUAGGGCAGAGAGAAUUUGUUUCGGAUGACGAGCAAGAGUCCGACGAUGAGGGCGAUCUGGAGGAUUUGUACGAUUCAGAUGGCAACACGAUCGGAUUUGCCUCUGAAUCCGAUGCCGACGACGACGAUGACGAUGAUGAUCAAGACGAUGACGACCGCCACCAGCCAGCCAAGAAGCGCAAGGGUGCAUCUACAGCAUCCUCGUCGUUCAAGAAACCACACUUGAACAAGAAACGUGCCAAAAACGGUCCUCGGAUCGAAAUCGAGUACGAGCGCGAGACCGAGACCGAACCGCUCACCAAGCAGGCUUUGGCCAACUGGUAA